AUGUACGCGGGGUUGGCGGGGCUGGAGGGGCUGGGGGGGCUGACGGGGAGCACGUACGCGGGGAUGCUCGCCACGGGGUCGGAACACGGCGGGGGAGGCGGUGGCGCAGGGGGAAACAAAGCGCAAAAUGCGGCAGCCAUGAGUUCCCCCAUCCGGUUCCCUUAUCCCCCUCCCCCAUUCUUGUCCCCCAUUACGUCCCCCUAUCGUGUUCCCCCGUUCCAUCCCCCCGCCCCAUCCCUUCCCAACUCCCCGCUCUCUUCCCAUGCGCUCCCCCAUUUCCUUUCCCCCAUUCCGUCUGUCCCUCCCAGAGCGAUGCAAGCAGCCAAGCUCCGAGCCUCCAAAACAGCCUUGGAGAGACACGACGUGGAGAUCAUAGGCUCGGGACCGGAGCUGCUGGUGUUCUCACACGGCUUCGGAUACAACAAGAACGUAUGGAGCGGUGUAAUCAAGGCACUGGACAAGACGCGCUAUAAGAUUGUUCUCUACAACGUAACAGGUGCUCUGGGCACGGACUAUGACGCGUUUGACUACCAGCGCUACAGCACGCUGCACGGCUUCACGGACGACCUGCUGUUGCUGCUGCACGAGCUGGGCGUCGAGGGGUGGGAGCGGGGGCAGCAGUGCACGGUGGUGGGGCAGCAGCAGGCGGGCAUGGUGGCGCUGCUGGCAUCUUUGGAACGCCCCACACUCUUCAAGCGCAUCGUGCUGCUCAGCUCUUCACCGCGGCUAUUGGGAGCAGAGGGGUAUGAAGGGAGCUACGCACUAGAGGAUCUGGAUCAGGUGUUUGGCAUCAUGCAGGGCAACUUCAAGCUGUGGGUGCGCAACUGUGCACCGGUGCUGACAGCAGACGACAUCAAGGCGGGGCACGUGAGGGAGUUUGUGCGCCCGCUCUUCCUGCUGCGACCCGACAUUGCGUUCAGCUUCCUCAAAACCGCCUUCGCGUGUGACGUGCGCGACAUUCUCCCAAGGGUGAGUGCUUAUGCUGCACGUGAGGAAGAUGAAUGGAUGGUGCGGCACAGCAAUCGUCUCUGCUUUGCUCUUUCUCGUGCGACCAGACAUCCUCAAAACCGUUUUCGCCUGUAA